UAGAUUUGGAAUCAGAAGAGAUAUUUGAACGAAUGUCUGGACACUGAGAAAAUUGUGCAGAAAAUCACUGACGAUAAAGGCCAAAAACGGGGCAAGAGUUCACCAGCACCUUAACAACAUUUCUGGCAGGGUAUGAACUUUUGCACAUCUCAGCUCACUUCUUCAGAGACACUGUCCUAAUCAGGGUAGACUUUGUGAGAAUCAUUUCAGACGGCUUCGCAGGCAUGGAUUUAAUGGAUCCUGUUUUGCUGUUGUUGCUAUUUGUCUGUACACUGGCCCUCUUUCUGAAAACGGGCAGUUGGAACAACAGCAGCAGGCGAGAUCUUCCCCCAGGACCAAAGCCAUGGCCUUUCACUGGAAAUCUGCACCUUGUAGACCUGAAAAGGCCUUACAGAACCAUGUCUGAGUUAUCCAAGCGGUAUGGCCCUGUCUUCAGCUUCCAACUGGGAUUCCAGAAAAUGGUAGUUCUGACGGGCUACGAGACCGUAAAGGAGGCUUUGGUGAACCAGGCAGAUGCCUUUGCGGAGAGGGCCACGGUCCCAAUGUUUGAAAACCUUUCAGAAGGCUACGGAGUUAUUUUUUCUCACGGUGAGAACUGGAAGGUGAUGCGGCGGUUCAUGUUAACCACAUUGCGUGACUAUGGGAUGGGGAAGAGGACCAUAGAGGACAGGAUUAUCGAAGAAUGCCAUUUCCUAACACAGACAUUUGAAUCUUACAAAGGAAAGCCGUUUGAGUCCACUAUAAACAUGAACGCUGCUGUUGCCAAUAUCAUAGUGUCAAUAGUACUUGGCAAGCGAUUUGAAUACGAAGAUCCCACUUUUGUAAGACUACUGAAUUUAGUCAGUGAAAAUUCCCGGCUUGCUGGAAGUCCCUCAGUCAUGCUGUUCAACAUGUUUCCCGCUCUGGGCUUCCUCUCUGGUGCUCGCAAGACUGUCCUUGAUAACAAGAAGAAACUGCAUGCCUUCAUACAGGCCACCUUCAUAGAACACCUCAAAGAACUGGAUGUGAACGACCAGAGGAGCUUUAUUGACACUUUCCUGAUCAAACAGCAAGAGAAGAACAAGAACAAGACUGAUGAUUUUUUUCAUAAUGAAAACCUUAAGGCUCUUGUGAGUAACCUAUUUGUUGCUGGGAUGGAGACCACGACGACAACCUUGCGUUGGGGCCUGUUGCUGGUGAUGAAGUAUCCUGAAAUUCAGAAAAAGGUCCAAGAAGAAAUUGCAAAGGUCAUUGGGCCUGCUCAGCCUCUGAUUGAACACCGAUCAAAACUGCCGUAUACAGAUGCGGUAAUCCAUGAAGUUCAGAGGUUCGCUAAUAUUCUCCCUAUGAACUUGCCACACGCCACCACUGCGGAUGUCACCCUGAGAGGCUACUUCAUUCCAAAGGGAACGCAUAUCAUCCCCUUACUGUACUCUGUGCUAUACGAUGAAUCUCAGUGGGAAAAACCAUUUCAGUUCUAUCCUGAGCAUUUCCUUGAUUCUGAAGGAAAGUUCGUCAAGAGAGACGCCUUCCUGCCCUUCUCUGCAGGUCGGCGACUGUGUGUGGGUGAGACUCUUGCCAAAAUGGAGCUGUUCCUCGUAUUUGUGAGUCUCCUGCAGAGAUUCACUUUCCAGCCAGCCCCUGGGACGUCCAAAGAAGACCUGGACCUCACCCCUGCGGUUGGGGUCACUACGCCUCCGAUGCCCUUCAGUUUCUGCGCUUUGCCACGUUCUUAAUCUCCAACCACGCUUCGCUUCCCUGUGUGCAGCACCCUCCUUUUCUGCACCCUUUUGCCUGCCAAGGACAUUUCAGACUCAGAGGAACUGGACAGCACUUUGUCCCAAACUGUAGUGCUUAAUAUUCCUAGCUGUGAAACCGCUACGGAGACACAUUUGGCCAAUUACACACUGCACCCACGUUCCCUGCACCACAGCAGUGGCAUAGGAGGUUAAGAGCUCAUGUAUCUAAUCUGGAGGAACCGGGUUUGAUUCCCAGCUCUGCCGCCUGAGCU